AGUUUGAAUUCUGCGCGGUCCAACGGCUCGAGAGCAAAGGCUAGACGCGGCGGAAGGGAAGGUGUUUGCAGUUGCUUACUGUCCUCCGUCCCGCGUGAGGCAGGUGGAGGGUCUCGACUUUUGACUGCUUGAAGCGUCCGCCAUGAGGAGAAGUGAAGUGCUAGCAGAGGAGUCCGUCGUCUGCCUCCAGAAAGCUCUGAUUCACCUUCGGGAAAUAUGGGAAUUGAUUGGGAUUCCAGAGGAGCAGCGCUUGCAAAGAACCGAGGUUGUGAAGAAGCACAUCAAGGAUCUUCUGGAUAGGAUGAUUGCUGAAGAGGAGAGCCUGAGGGAACGGCUUCUCAAGAGCAUCUCCUUCUGUGAGAAGGAGCUGAGUACCCUGUGCAGUGAGUUACAAGUGAAGCCAUUUCAGGAAGAAAAAGAGACAACUGUCUUGCAACUAGAAAAAGAUUUGCGCACUCAAGUAGAGUUGUUGAGAAAACAGAAAAAGGAGAGAAAGCAGGAACUUAAGCUACUCCAAGAACAAGAUCAAGAACUCUGUGAAAUUCUUUGUAUGCCUACGUAUGAUGUGGACAGCACCUCUGUCCCCACCUUAGAAGAGCUGAAUCUGUUCCGACAACAUGUGGCAACUCUGAGGGAAACAAAGGAAUCUAGGCAUGAGCAGUUUGUCAACAUUAAGAGACAAAUCAUAUUGUGUAUGGAAGAAUUAGAACACACUCCUGACACAAGCUUUGAAAAAGACAUAGUGUGUGAAGAUGAAAGUGCCUUUUGUUUGUCGUUGGAGAACAUUGCAACACUACAGAAGCUGCUACAGCAGCUGGAAAUUAAAAAAUCAAAAAAUGAAGCAGAGUGCGAAGGGCUCCGUGCUCAGAUUCGAGAGCUCUGGAAUCGGUUACAGAUACCUGAAGAAGAGAGAGAACCUGUGACUGCAAUUAUGACGGGGUCAAAAGCCAAAGUCAGGAAUGCGCUGCAAUUAGAAGUGGAUCGCUUAGAAGAACUGAAAAUGCAAAACAUAAAGCAAGUGAUUGAGACAAUUCGAGUGGAGCUGGCUCAGUUCUGGGAGCAGUGUUUUUAUAGCCAGGAACAGAGACAGGCGUUUGCCCCUUACUAUUCUGAGGACUACACAGAAACCCUGCUUCAUCUUCAUGACGCUGAGAUUGUACGGUUAAGGAACUACUAUGAAACUCACAAGGAACUAUUUGAAGGUGUCCAGAAGUGGGAAGAAAGCUGGAAACUCUUCCUGGAGUUUGAGAGAAAAGCUUCAGAUCCAAGUCGGUUUACAAACCGAGGGGGAAAUCUUCUAAAAGAAGAAAAAGAACGAGCAAAGCUCCAGAAGACACUCCCGAAGCUGGAAGAGGAGUUGAAAGCACGGAUUGAAAAGUGGGAAGAAGAGCAAUCAAUGGCAUUUAUGGUGAACGGGCAGAAAUUCAUGGAGUAUGUUACAGAACAGUGGGAAUUACAUCGACUGGAGAAAGAAAAAGCCAAGCAGGAAAGACAACUAAAGAACAAGAGACAGACAGAGACAGAGAUGCUCUACGGCAGUGCUCCCCGGACUCCUAGCAAGAGACCAGGACUGACUCCCAACAAGCCUGGCAAAGUACGCAAGAUGAACACCACCACCAUGUCCAGUGCUACCCCCAAUAGCAGCAUUCGGCCUGCCUUUGGUGGAACCAUGCACCGUUCCCCUGUAUCCCGAUUACCUCCUUCUGGCAGCAAGUCAGUAGUCACUUCUAUGUGUUCUGGAAAGAAAACACCUAGAGCUGCCCGCCUCAGGGCCAACAAGGAGAACAUGGAGUUCAAUGGCAGCAUGCUGAGCGGUGGGUACUCUGGCUCGACCCCCCUCCAGCACAACUGCAGCAUUAAGUCUAUUGCCAGCACCUAUUCCGAGUUUUCGAAGGACCCGUCCCUCUCUGACAGCUCCACUGUUGGGCUUCAGCGAGAACUUUCAAAGGCUUCCAGAGCUGAUGCUACCGCUCGAAUACUCAAUUCAACCAACAUCCAGUCCUGAGACUCCUUGACCAGUUAGGCUUCCUGGGCCUAGACUGGACUGACUUUUAUAGUUUUUCUUCAGUUUAAAUAUGUUUGAAACAACCUUGGGCAGGUUCUGUUACCAUGGGCCUAACUUAAGACAUGAGUACUACAGAUGAAAAGCCUUCAUAGGUGUAGUGGGUCUGCAGAGACACCUUCAAGUCUAGUUAUGACUGUUAGUACAAAUUUUAACAUCUGGUACCUAAGUUUUUUUUUCCUCUACCCCAUAAUUCUACUUGAUCAAGAGUUUGUCUUAUUUCACUGCUGUAUUGGAAAAUGAUUGUGCCCAGACAUGGGGUAUGAAUUAGCAAUUAACAUCUUUACCAAAAAAAAAAAAACUUUUUGUUUAGGGAUAUUCAGUUAAAGCUGUAGCUAUGGUAGCUUUAAUUUUACCCAGAGGCCUGUGCUCUGCGCCCUGCACUAUCCCAAUGAGAAUUUUGCAUUUGAGAUGGCUUGACCUGCUGCCAAAGAGUAGCAGUAACAGUUGUUUAUACAGUGCAAUCUCUUUAUGAAGUAUGUGUGAAUGAACACAUGCUUGUCUGACCUGCUCAGCUUCUCUCCAGUCUCCCAUCCCUGUGCUAACUAUGCCUAUUCUCUGUAGUUGGCAACCAGUGGAGAGGCUAUCUGGGUGGGUUGGGCCAUUUUUGUCGUAGACAUCAGCAAUUUUGCACAUCCACAAGGCUCUUUCUUUCCUACCCAGAUGAUCACUACUCUUCCCAACGCACUAUUAUUUAUUCUCUGCCUGUGCCAGUUCUGUCAACACAUUAGUUUUAAAACUUGGUCUGUGACAGCAAUGCUGUAUGUUCAUUCAAAUAUGUAUGUUCUUUUUUAAAUGUAUUAAAAUAAAAUGUAUAUAGUUACUUUUGAAGAA